AUAUUCCAAUCAAUCAUGUCCACAAGCCAACCCAAGGCAAGAAAACCAGAAAGAGGAGCAACUGCAAGCCCGUCCUAUCCUUAUUCGCCACCGCGAGACAAGACAGACAAUCGCUGCGCCACGCCACGCCACGCCCCGCCCCGCCCCCUACCCCAAUCCAAUCCUUAUUCGCCGGCCGAUCGCCUCUCUGUCUCCACGCACACGCAAUCGAUCAUGAGCUGCUUGUCGCAGCAGCAUGAACCAGGGGACGCCCGGGGGCAGGCAGCGGCCCUGGACCUGCUGGACGAGCACUGGUUCUUCAGCAACACCCUCGUCAAGAACAACAACGGCAAGGGCGGGAGUAAGCCGCCGCUGCCCAGGUCGUCGUCCACCUCCAUCAGCCAAGGCCGGAUGAGCAAGGGUCAACAGGGAGGAGGAGGUAAGGAGGGACCGGGCUCGGGGUGCCGGAGGCUCCUGCGGACGCCGUCGCUCCCGUCGCCUCGCGUCGGGAUGAUGGAGAUGCCCAAGGAUGACGAUGACGACCUGGUGGAACAAGAUCAUAAUCAACAAGGGGAGGUGGACGACGACGACCUCAACUGGAGCUCCAUUUACGAGGGCGUCCUGCGCACCAGGAUCGCCCAGGGGGGCGUCCGGUCGGAGCUGCACCGGGCGCCGUCCAUGCCCGUCCCGUCGUCAGCGAUGGACCACGACGACGGCCGCCACCAGGAGUCGGCCACCAAGUCCAGGCCGAGCAUGUCCAGGCUCAGGCACUCGUACAGCACGCUGGAGAGGCACUGCCGUUCGGCCACGCCCACUAAGACUGAGCGAACGCCGAGGACGUCCGGCGGCAGUGAAGGGCGAGAGCCGCGGCGCGAGGUCCAAUCCUUGAGGGCCAAUGAGCAGGCCGUGGUCGUCCGGUCCAAGAGCGCGUUCCAGGACAGCAAAUGGAAGAGCUCGAGCGACCUGGAGUGGAUCGAGGUGCAGGGGUUCAAGGACCUGGGCUUCGUCUUCGACAAGGAGGAGCUCAGGGGGAACCUGACCGACGUGCUCCCGGGCCUCCGCGGCGAGGCCAACAAGACCAAGAGCCCCCGCAGAAGCAGCGUGGACAAAGGCAUCGUGCGGCGGCCGUACCUGUCGGAGGCGUGGCAGCACGUGCAGCGGUCGGCGCCCCCGGCGUUGAUAAGGGUGCAGUCCGCGGCGGAGAUGAAGGACCAGCUCCGGAUGUGGGCGCAGGCCGUCGCGUGCAACGUCCGACAAGAGCGUUAAGAUGCCCCCGCCCUACACCACAAAUCCAAAGCAAAAUUAUACUACUUCAAUUUUGUUACCUUGGACUUGUCUUUCUUCAAAUUUCACAAGGAUACAUACUUGGGUAGCUGUGCAGUGCGGUUGUUCCUUUUGAUCAAUUCCUCAACAACAUCGUAUUCUUUUGCUCCACGA